AUGCAUAAUUUUAUGGUAUCUAAAGCAGUUGAUAUUGUUACCAAAUCUGUUAUGGAUUUGGACAAUGAAAAAUUAAAGAACCUUACAAAAACUUUAACACAAGAAGCAAUUGGGAUUUCAAAAGAACUUGAGAUGAAUGGUCAACAUGUGAGUUCUGAAAUACUUGCUGCUCGAUUAAACGGAAUUCUUACACGAAUCAAAUAUGAAAUUUUAAAUCAGGGUCCAGAUAACAGUCCAAAUGAAUUUCCCAUUUUUAACGUUUCACAUAACCCAUCUGCUCCGUAUCCAAACCCGAUUAAUCAUUUAUAUGAUAAACGUUACAAAGACGCUUAUUCGACAUUCAUUAAACAACCUUCAUCUCGUGAAACGGUCGCUCCUACUACUCCUACUUCUCCCCCUCCUCCUCCACUACCACCUAAAACAUUAAAAGAUACUUCGACUUCGAACUCCUUAAACACCAAUACACCCUCAACUAAUUUCCCGUUUAUCCCAAAUCCAGCAUCGCCCUAUUCGCAACAUCAUCAAUCGUUCUUUCCUCAACAAGCAAUAUCCGCCUACAACAAUCAACAGCACAACUCAUUUAUGCCACCAAUGCAAAACUACUAUCCUUUGCACCAGGCGAUGACUCAUAAUCCAUUUGGAACUAUGCCAUCUCAUCACGAAGAUACCCAGAUUGGCUUCAGUAAUUUAAGACGAAGCUCAACUGCCGAUGAUAUUCGACCGAGAUCACUUUCCCGUUCAAAUAGCAAUAUUGACAACCGAGAACCGUUCUACGAAAAUAAAUAUCGUAAUCAUUCAAUCGUUGACGAUCAAAGAUCUGAUACGUUGAGCAAUCACCAACAAAGAGAUCAAAAUGAAAAAAUUAAAGUGCAUGUUUAUGAUCAUAACGAACAACGCUAUCCAAAACCAAUAUUAAAACAAAAUGAUAACCAUGAAUAUUCGCGAAAAGUUUAUAUAUCACCUGAGUCAAACAUGGGUACAGACACAUUAAAUGAUUUAAUGGCUGUCGUUGACUCGAGACGAAAAACUGAUACACCACUCAACUCCGACCGAGUCAUUAUCAUUGAUCGAAAUAAACCAAAAGAUAAAUUAAGAUUAUUUGAAGUUCGACGAGAAUCCCCCAAAACAUCCACAUACGAUAAUAAAAACGUCGUACCACCGCCAGUGUUUAUGCAACCAACAUCAUAUCAGCAAUCAUCGAUGCAACAGGCACCACCCAAAAUGUACACAUCGGGUCCAAUGUAUUACACAAAUAGUUUACCGUCAUUUCCUACAACAGUGCCCACAGCAGCAUUCAAUUUUCAAACACCGUUCACAGGCUAUUAUCCAAUGAUGUAUAGAUACUAA